UUAGACUAAAUCUUCAGAAAUUGCUCAAUGUGCUGACUUCCGUUCAGGCAGAGUGAAGAAGUGGCUUUCAGCAAACGGGGUUGGAUUCCUUUGACUGCACAGUCCUCCUGUUGUGGUCCAGGAAGCAGGGGGGGGGAGAGAACUCACAACAACAAUGGCUUUGGGACAUCCUGCUGGCUGUUGAAACUGCUGUCUGCCCUCGGAACAGCUUUUCCUAAUAUCUCGCCCGCCAGAACCAGCUCGGUCACCCCUACCGUCUUCUGCUCUUUCCCCACGCGAGGAAAGAGAUGGAAGAAGGUCCCACCAAGGCAGGCCCGGCCACCCGACUUGGGCUUAGGGGCUGCCCGCAGAGGCGGAGGGGGGGGAGGUAGUCCUCCUCUUUGUGUGCGUGGCAUAUGCGUGUUCCUGGAUCAGAACAAAUGGGAUACAAAGGAAGCAAGGAGAGAGUCCAACGCUAUCUCAGAAAGCCAAGAAAGGAAGCUUCACUGAUGGAGUCUGAGCAGAUCCAGGACAGAGAUCCUUUCCCGCAGACAACCCACAGGACACAUGAAGCCGGUGAUCCUGCCUCAGCCAGAAAGCACCAUGAUGUCACAGAGACUAUCAUCAUGAGUCAAGUUCCUGGAAGUGAGGAGGUGGAAGAAAAAGAGGAUUUGUCUCUUUCCCGUGAUCUAGCACUGCUCUUUGUUAUGAAAGAACAUAUAUGGGAUGGAUCUUCUAGCUUCGUAGAGAAGGAUACUUCGGAGGAACAGGAAAGAGGGCUGAGAGAUUUAGAGAAUUGGACAAAACAUAAUCUCAACAGAGGACAGCCCAGCUUGAAGGAGAGCAGGGAAUCUUCCUUAAAUUCCUUUGAUGGGGAAUUUGCGACUCAUUCUUCAAGCAGUUUCCAGUCUUUCCUUUCAGAUACCACCAGCCCUGCUCUUACCUCUCCCAGGAAAGUCAGAGCAGGACAAAUGCAGAGCCAAGUCCAUGACGUUAGCUUUGGCCCAUCUCCAACUCGGUGUGACAUGCUCCCUCAGACACGGCACGAGGAAUCAGCAACAACAGACUCUCUUCCUGGCCAAGAAGACUCAGUCCAUGAAUCUCCUUUGGUGAUUCAUAAUAUUUCACGUUGCCACAAAAGUGCUGAUUUUUCCAAGUCCAGAUCAGCUGAAGAUCAUUCAUGGACGCUGGAGACACGGCAAGAGGAGAACGGAAACCUUUACGAAGGGAUGGAUGUUGUGGUGAGGACCAAUGAAAGGAAAGAAGCGAGUCAAAGACUGAGCAAUCGUUCCUCGGAAGAGGAGGAGUUAAAUUUAGAUGGGGCACAAAGAAAUGUUUUGUUCCAGGUAUCUUCCAAAGAAGUGGAGAACCGUUCAAAUGUUGAUGAUGAAAUAGGAGAUUUGGAGAAAAACAUUCUCAGCUGCCUUGUUCUUCAUCUCCAGGAAGAGGAAGAGAGCGACGUGGAAGUGAGCAACUCUCUUUCACUAAAGGAAAACAUCCCAGCCAAUUGUAAUAUAAGCAGUCUGAACUGUGAUGAAUCAGAGUCAGACCAAAAACAGUUAUCAACAGCAAUGAGGCCACAGUUUGCAGAGAUGGAGGCACUGGAGUUGGCAGGCAGUGAGGAAAAGAGAGAGGAGAAUUUGAAUGGGAGCAAAACGAAAACAAAUCUGGAGGAAGUACAGUUGCCACACAAUGACUCAGAAGAACAAGAAUGGACUGUGCAAGCAACAAUACCCUCCAUGCCUAUCAGAUUGGGCCAGGACACACUCAGUUCUUUGGAAAACAGUUUGGCCCUUUCUGGUUUAAACAAUAACAGUUCUGGAGAAUUUGCUUUCUCUUUCAAGGAGGUGUCCUCAGCAGAUCACUCUCCAGCAUCAGCUUGUGCAUUGCCUGAACCUUGUGUCCAAACAACUACUAGAAUGAUCCUUGCAGGGUUUCAGACAGAUAGUGGAAGCCCAGAGACACAGGCUGCCAUAUAUCACAGCUCUGGACAAGUGGAACACUUUGGCAUCUAUGACAAAGAGAGCAAAAUGUCCUGUUGUGAUCAAGAUGGCUCACAAACCACUGUGGAUGUUGGAAAAGAGGACAUUGGAAAUGAAAAUGUAAGGAGUGCUGAUGACGAGCAAGUAACACAAUUGUUUACAGAUGUAGCAUUAGACAUCGACACCCAACAUCUUCAUGAUUCCCAGCCUGUGGGCUUUUCUUCUGAUUCUGACCAGAAUCCUGUCCCAUCAUUGAGGACAAUAGCAGCAGCCCUUCUGCAAGAAGAUCCUAGCGAGGGAGCCACGGAUGGGACUGUCAGUUAUGCAGGAGAUGAGUCAGGUUUACAUUUGUCCAGUCAACUGGACAGAGCGAGAUGUGAUGAAGAUUCAGCAGUGGACAGUGAUGGAGAUGGUCAUCUGCCCGCUUUUGGUGAGGACUUCCUUGAAGACAUUCAGAGUUCUACCUCCAGAAUCCUCCCCAACCCAUCUCUAGAAGAAGGCCUGUCCAAUAUAGCCAAAGAGAUGAUAAAGUUGAGUCUGUCUUCCUGGGAUUCAGAGCAAGACACUGCCGAAAAUGAUGUGAAGUCCCAUCAACAGCUGAAACCCACAAUGGAGGAUGCCGGGUUAUCGGGGAAGGAAGCAGCAGCAGAGACACAUUGUGUGGCACAAGAUAGCUUAACCAGUGAGUCACCCUGUUUUUCAGUUCUUGGAAAAGAGAGAACAGAAUGUGACUCUGAAGCUGACAGCCUUCCAUCUUGCUGGACUCUCUUUGCAAAAAGCACCGAUGCGGUUCAUCUAGCACAACCUUUGGCGCCACUUCUAGUGGGAGACUCUGAGCAAACUAUGGCCCUUGAAUAUGUUUCACUCUUAUCUUCAAGGCAGCCUCUCCAGUUUGUAAGCCCCCCACCCAUGGCAAAUGCCCAGCCAGUUCCCCCAGGCCUUAAUCCCAGAAGUCCUGACCAACACCUAGAACAAUUGCCCUCUUCCAGCCAGGUUAAUCCAUUAGUCCCCAAAUCUUCUGCCAAUCAAACUGUUUCGGAGCCUUCACCCUUAGCCCCUGAAACCAGAGUAUCUGAGCAGCUUUCCACCUCUGAAAGGGACUCAGAUCCGUGCUGCCAAGUUCCACAUUUGGUACACCACUCUAGGCAGUCUGUACCGGUGCCACGCCAUGCCAGUUCACCUAUUCUGUCUAGACGUUCUGUGUUUCCUUCACUUAGUAGCAGUGCAGCUUCCCAGCGGAAUAACUCUAAACAGAUCACACAACCUGCAGCUGCUGGAGCAGGCCACAACUUCCUGACACAACCUCCACACAGUGCUGUGAGCAGGGCGUCUCAGAGUUCCCGAUCAGAUUCCACUCCCAGGAAGCAUCUCACUGUCAGGGGCAGCCCCUCUGCACAGUGGAGGACCGAGGCUUCAGAAAGCAGCCCUCUUGACUUCCGUACAGGAAGUGAGGAACAGAUACCUCCUAGUCCACCAACUGGCAGUCGGUGGAACCCAUCCUCUAUUUCCAAACCAGGUGACCUUGUCCUGAUUUCAAGCUUGGACAGUAGAAUGGAAGAGGUCUCUGGUCUUCCGUUGGCCAAGUCAACUCCACAAAACAUGUGUAACCCAUGCCCUGAGUUGGAUCUUUCUUUGUCGGACUUGCAAGGUCAACUUUUAGGGAGCGAUGCGACGGGAGCAGACUCCUUCAGCAGCCUUCCAGAAACAGUGUCCCGGAUUGCGGAUAUGCCUGAUGGAAGGUCUUUUCACCACACUUUCCGUCCCCCAGUACAUCGUGAGACUAAGCCCACAAAUGUAAGGCAGCCUCCUUCUCUUUUAGCGUUUACUAACCCAGUGCACUUUCUCCAGCUUGGACCUCCUUCUCCCCCAAGUGUUCCAUAUCCAGGGGUGCAUCAGGCUGAAUUGCAGGAUCCCCAGUGGCCCAAGCAGCAGACCAGGAGUGCAGAAGACCCAGUUGCACUUCUCUCUGAAGGGCCAAGAAGUUUCAGAAAACCCCUUGACAAAUCAGUGGGGGAACCUGUUUGCUCGACGAUUCAUAGGAAAGCUGUGGAGGGCAGACACGUGCGCCUGGAGAAGUCCUCCAGCUGUCCGGACAAAAACACCCUUGGGUUGGGUACCAAAGAAUCUGCUUUUGGCACGAGGAAGCAGGAGGCAGCAGUCAAGCAGCGCGCAAAGAGCAAAGACUGGCAUCGACACUGCAUAAGGAAGAUUUCUAUACCGACGGAUGGCGCCAUAGAAGUCCCAGCCCCUCUCCACUCGAAGGAGGAAGCCGUGGGACACAAAGAGAAAGGCAAUCACUUGGACUUUGUGAAGUACGGAGAGAAGAAAACAACAGAAACAAUAGAAAAUAUCAAACGCCGACGCUCCAGACUGAUUAAUUCAUCCAAAUUGCUCUACCAGGAAUAUAGUGACGAUGCCCUGAACAAAGCCAUCCAGAGCCAAAAACAGAUCGAUUCCCUGUCCGAAGAGGCGGAACCGCUAUCCCCAAAGCUGCGGAGGAAAAUGCCGAUCUCUCAGGACUCCUACUUGCAACGCCUGUCCGUCUCGUCGGGCUCUUCCCUGUGGCAGGACAUCCCCAUGGUGCGAGGCAGCACCAUGCUGCUUAGCAUGACCCGCGAGGAGCAGAAGCUGCAGGAGGCCAAGUUUGAACUGAUUGCAUCCGAGGCCUCUUACCUGCGGAGCCUGAACGUAGCCGUGGACCACUUCCAGCACUCCCCGGAGCUUCAGGGCGUUUUAAGCACUCAGGACAGACAGUGGCUUUUCUCCCGCCUUCAGGAUGUCCGGGACGUUAGCGCCAACUUCCUCUUUGAACUGGAAGAGAAGCUCGAGGAGAACAUGUUCACCUUCAACGUCUGUGACGUGGCGCUCAGAAAUGCACCAGAAUUUCGCAGGGUUUACUUGCCGUAUGUGACCAACCAGACCUAUCAGGACCAGACUUUUCAGAGACUGAUGAAUGGGGUUCCUGCUUUCCAACAGGUCUUGGAGAAACUGGAAAGUGACCCGCUGUGCCAGCGUCUCUCCCUCAAAUCCUUCCUCAUUCUCCCAUUCCAGCGCAUCACACGAUUGAAGCUUCUUCUCCAGAACAUCUUAAAAAGAAUUCCACCUGGGGCCGACGAAGAGGUACAAGCCACCCAGGCAUACGAUGCUCUUGAGAAGCUCAUCAAAGAUUGCAAUGCAAACGUCCAGCGUAUGAAGAGCACCGAAGAAUUAAUUCACUUAAGUCAAAAUAUGGAGUUUGAGUGCAAGAUUUUCCCACUCAUCUCGCAGUCCCGGCGGUUGGUGAAACACGGAGAGCUUACAGCUCUGGAGUACAAUAUCAGCUUGAAGUGGAAACUGACCACCCGCCCCAUCUACCUCCAUCUUUUCAAUGAUUACCUGCUUCUCUCUCGACCCAGGGAGAACGGGCGCUUCAUCGUUUUUGAUUACGCCGCCUCCUCGCACGUGCGCGGGGAGAAGUGUGAAAUGAAACUGCACGGCGACAACAAAAACCUUUUCCGCCUUUUCCUGCUGCAGAACAAUCAGGGCAAGAAAGUGGAGUUCCUCUUCCGCACGGAAACGCAGAGUGAGAAACUGCGAUGGAUUUCUGCUCUGAUGCCACAACAGCCGGAACCUGACCUGUUAGAUGAUUCUGAUGCCCCCCAGGUGCAGUGCGUGAAAUCCUACAAGGCGCGAGAGCACGAUGAGCUGACUCUGGAGAAAGCUGACAUCAUCAUGGCCUUGCAGCAAAGCAGUGACGGCUGGAUGAAAGGCGUGAAGCUCUCCGACGGAGAGAGAGGCUGGUUUCCGUUGGAUCACGUGGAGGUCAUCUCCAGCAAGCAGAUCCGACAGAUGAACCUGAAGGAGGAGCAGCGGGUGAAAAACGCCAAACAGCAGGUCUUUCGCAGGAGAUAAGGAUCUCCAGAAGACCCCCACCCCACCACCCCUCUCUUCAACUCAGGAGGACAUUAUUACCCGGAUCUGCAAGGGCUAAAAGGGCCCCGUUGAAUUAUGAGACGGAAGGGGGCCAAAGCACAAACUGGUGUUACUGGAAUAGGUUGUACCAGUCUGUCCCCUGUGCUGGUAAAAACAGGAGACACGGUUUUUCCUGGGAGGAUCUGCAGAGAAGAAAGAGCCAAAGAAACAAACAGGGACCUUCGGAGAGAAGCUGAUUCUUUGCUCCGACUCGUUUAAAUGCACAGACCCGCUGACCAGGGAGGUCGCUUCAGCUCUGCCCACCUCACAGAAAGAUGUGAGGCUAAAAUGUUAAUAUUUGAACGUGCUUUGAACUGUCUAGCAGAAUGCAGUAGAGGGGGAAAAAAAAUACACUUUGCGGUAUUAGGAGGAAA